AAAGUUACCUGAUUAUGAUUCAAAAUAACCUUAUUUUGGAAUGAACAUGUCCCAGGUAUUAGCUACGUUGGUUAAUUAGCUGCAGGAAGAAAUAAUGGAGGACAUUGAUGUAUUCUAUAUGGACCCAACGUUUAUUGACCCUGAAGUUUAUGACUUGUGGCUGCGUGGAUUCUGUGGUAAUCUUGAACGUCUUUAAUUAAGCUUAUAUUUAAUGAUUUCUUUUUUAUGCUUUUUGCAGUAUAAAUGCAAUGGUCUAACUAAAGACAGGCCUGGCCAGGGGAGGGUAGUGGGAUAACAAUAUUGAUGGUUUUCACAGUGUCGUCAACAAAAUUAAUUGCAAAGUCAAAAAAGCGAGGUUUUACGAAUUCCUAGGCCAUCCUCUUUUUUCUGUCCGUUUAGCGUCGUCCAACCGACCCAAAUUUAUGGCAUUCCCCCCAUAAAAAGUAAUGACGUAGAACCAUUUUCACUUGAAAUAAUUCUCUUACCGCUGUCCUGGGGUACCAGGGCCUCCUGUUCCAAGACGUCUUGUGAUUUUUUUUAGUUUUUUUUUUUUUCAAUCCAAACGACUGACCCAAUAUCAGGAAACGCAUUCGACGCUAAACGAAAAAAAAAAAGAAAAAAAGAGGAUGGCCUUUUUUACACUAGGUUGAAGAUAAAUAGAAAAUAAAUCUUUGUACAAGUUUCCAGCCCUGAAGCAUGUUUCAUUUCGAAAACACAGCGAUUUGAACUUCCACGUUUUCACAGUGUGUGACACCAAAAUAGGAAUGAGGUCUCAUUGAAAAAAGUCUCUCCUGUUGAUUUUCAGCAGUUUAACAAUUUCAAGUAUUAAAAGAUGUGUUUAUGUGCACGUAUUCUAGCUCUUGAGUGAAAAGGAAGAGCUAUUACAGAAAAAGUGAACUCCAAAUGUUUUUGUUGAUUUCCUGUGGCCAUAUUGGUGGACCAAAACUGUCCACCAAAAUGGCGUCUCCAUACAAAGCUCUACAAAGGUACGUGAAAUGUUUCAGCAAAUAGCUCAGAAACUGUGAGCCACAAAGACCUGAGAUUUGGACAAAUUGUUUAUAUAUUAGUCUUUUAUAACAUUUCAUUUUCUUGACUUCUUCCACUGGAUGGUUUCCAAUUUAUUUUUUUGUGCCGUGUUUAUUUCGUGACAGUACAGUGUAAUUAUAAAAGGUCACAUUGAGAUUGGCUAUUUGACCAACUUUGGGUCUCUAAGGUUGAACAGUAGGGUUGUCAAAAGUAGCUGGCUGCGGGUGAAAAUCGCUGCCUACUUGGUUAGUGUUGGCCGGCUACUCUUGCUUGGCAUUUUCUUUGCGGAUGGCAUUUUUUAAAUAAAAUAUCCCUGGACUGGUUAAGAAACAUCUUCUAAAACCUAUAGCAAGUGUUUAUGUGUCUCUACAGUUGUAGGUACCAUGAAAAAUGCCAGGAAACUCAAUACUUUGCUUGUACCGCUUUGCUCAACAAAAUAAAUAUCACAACAAAUGCACAAGCAGCGCUUUCACUUCUUUCAACAAGUGCUCCAUGUAUGCAGACUAAAAAAGUACUAAAAAUAGCUAACGGCAAUGUGGCCUAUUAUGGAAAUGUGGGCGGCGGUGCCAAAAAAAGCAAGCCAGGUAUUUUCUAUGUUGUUUAUAAGUGUGUAUUUCAUAUAACAUCAAUAACACUCACCUUUAGUAACUUAAACAUUUGGAAUUUAAGUCAAUCGCAAUGUGUAUGUGGACCACUUGACUAAACUGAUCUAUUUAAACACGUAACGAUCAAAAUGAAGAAAUGAGAAAUUUAAUGCCUGCACUUGGUAAUUCACCUUAUAAUUCACUUUAGAUUUUCAGUAAUUUUGGAGAGAAAAUAGCCUGGAGAGUGCAGAAGACAGAAUUUCAGACCCCCCUCGAGGCUUGCGCCUUUUGCACUCACCAGCGCCUCCAUCGCUGGCCGUUCACUUUGACAACUCAGCUGUCUACCUCAAAACGUGACCUUUUAUAUGUGACCUAUAAACGUGACCUUUUAUAUGGUAGUGUCAGUUUCUCGAUUAGUUUAAAUUUGAAACUUGCCCCAGUUCCAGAGAGUUAAAUCAAACCUUUUAAUUUCUAAGGCUUACUUUCUGGCUAUAAAUAAAAUGAACUGUAUGUAAAAAGUGAAAGAGAAAUAGCAAAAAAUUCCAACUUCUAAUCAAAUCUUUUCAUAUGGUUUAGAAUAAAAUAUUCUUGAAACUGAGAAUGUUUUGAUCAAAGGUUUGUAAAUCAAACUCAAUUAGUGCAUGGAACCUUGCACUUCCUGUUUUUAUCUCGCCUGUUGUAUGGAAUAUGUGUGAAAAUCUCCAUUAUGAAUCGGUAUAUUUCAAAGAGGUACUCAAAGAACAAGAAUUAUAUUGAACGACAAUAAACAGACAGGGUUGUCAAAAGUAGCCAGCUACUUGCAAAAAUUGCCGCCUACUUGGUUAGAAUCGGCCGGCUACUCUGCUUGGCAUUUCUUUAUGGAUGGCGUUUUUUAAAUAAAAUAUCCCUGGACUGGCCGCUUUAAUACUUUGACAACCCAGCCCCCUACUUCAAAACUUUCUGACAACCGACUGACAACCCUGAUACAGAGUGGGGGCAGCUGUAGUGUCAGCUAUUACUACAAGUUGUAGUUGUAACAAAUAUGAACUACAAUACGCAUCUGGGAUUGGAAAAGGGCAAUUUCGUAUGCAAAUUCAACUCAGGUUGGCCAACUGUGAACCCGUGACUAGCAAGCUUACUCGUCUGUGAUUUGCGAAGUUGGAUACUUUAACAAAUGAUCUUUUUGUUCAAUUUUCACCCUUAUUAUGAAGUUACUGGUCCAAGCUAAAAAUAUUUAAUAUCUGUGGAGAAAAAUUGACCAUUAUAUUUAUCUUUUUGAACUCAAGUUGAAAGGAUAGAAAAGUGUCAAGCACAAACAUCUAAAAUUCAAGGUAAUUGUUUGAACAGAGAUGUCACAAUAUUUUUCAAAUGACCAUUUUCAGUUUGGGAACGGUUCGAAUGGAUGUCUAAACUGUUUGAACAGAUGUUGCAAUCCUUCUGAGCGGAUGCUAAUUUUUAUUGAACAGAUAAGCAAAUCAUUUUCAGAAUGGUUGAUCAAUCACUUUGAGAGGCUUUUUUAAAGCGUUUGAAUGCAUAACGAACAACCACUAGUGUCUAUUUUGCCUUUCACGGUCACAAAUACUGUAUUAAUACCUGAAUUGAAAAAGAUCUCAUUAUACCCAAAUAAUGCCCAAAACUGGAAAAAGACUGGCCGAGCCUGAAAAGAAUUUUUCCUAGUCAUUUUCAAAUUCCUUUUCUUUCUGCUAGAAAAUGAAGCAACUCAGAGGCUUGAAUGUUAUGAUUUAUCAAAAAACCAUGGAGCUUCACAUUCUAUCAUUACUAGUGACACUCAUGACCAAUUUCGCCUGUUCUACAUCCUGGAGCGAUUCCUUCAGUCUCCUCCAAUGCUAGAUAGACAAAUGCUAUUACAGAUUUCACCAGAUGUUCAGGAUAUGCUGAUUGAAAAGUAAGACAAUCAAUUUUUCUCAGAGCAAAAACUGGUGAAACAGUCACAUAAUUUGUAAGAAAACUAAACCUGCUUGUAAAAAGAAUAACAUACCACAAACUGUUAUUAAAGUUAAGCUUAAUGGACUGCAUAUAAGCCAGAGAUGCCAACCUCUGGAGGCUUGAAAUCUGGAGACUUUUUCUUUUGCACUACCACCUCCUCCUCCCCCUCCCCCCCCCCAAAUCUUUAACCCACCCCACCAUUAAUUUUUUUUUGUUGUGCAAACAAAAAGUUUAUAGACCCAGUCCCCAAGCCUUGAUUGCACGAUAAUGACGAAAAUAAUCUUUGAUGAGAGGAUUAUUAUUCUUCUGCUGGAAAGCAUAUAUUAACUUCUAUCUGGGAGAUCAUAGUUAAUUGUCUGAGACCAUGCAGCUGUACAUGUAUCAAGGAUUUUCCCUUGUCCUUUUUGACAAAUGGCCAUUCCCUUGAUAUGACCACCUCUCUAUUAGAAGAGAUCUUGAAACAACAGCCACAUCUCUACAAUGGCUAUUCAUCAUCUUGUUCUUGUUCUUGGGCUGGGAGUGCACCAGAGGAAUAUUAAUGGGGUUAUAACCAACAAAAAUGCAACAUGUUCCACCAAAAUGAACUUGUAAUUACCCUCUUUGGAAAAAUGACGCUAACCAUAAUCAUUGAAAUAUGUUAGAAAACUAAGGGAUAGGUAACUGAUCGCUAAUGCCUUUGAAAAUCAUUCUUUACAACAUGUAAAUGCUUGAUACUACAGGUGUAAUCACUCUUAGAUAAGAACAUGAAAAUCAGGCUUAACCUAAUUGUUGCAGUUCAGGAUCACUUCAUUCAUUUUGUCCUUGCACUUUGAUAGUUACUACCAGUUUGAUAAAGAAGUGGUGCGAGAACUGUUGGGUAAAAAGCUGACUGGGCGGUUAAGAAAGGAUUUAGAUGAUGUUAGCGAGAAGACAAAUAUAACUCUCAAGAGUUGUCGCCGACAGGUUUGUACAAGUUUCUAGACUAAACGCUUGUAAAAUAAUAUAAGAUUAGAGUAAAACAGUUUGUUUUUAAAAAAUUUAGUAGAAGCCUUCUGAAAACGAUUGCCAGCACCUCAUAAGGGCCUGGUGAAAAUUGUUUUAUCCACACUGCUUUAUAAGGGAACCAUUCUUUGUGACAAGUAGAUAUUGAUCAUAGUUUAAUAAUGGUGCAAGUUUGUACAUUUUUACACCCUCAGCAUAGCCUGUGUGGCAGGCACAAAAAGGGGCGGGAGGUGUGAUAGGGAAAAAAGGCAAAAGGAAAGGAAGUGCCUGCUAUAAGAGCUAGUGUUUUUGUAUUCUGCCCACCAAUUCCCUAACUAAUCCAGUAACAUCAAUAUGUCAAUAUGUGACCAAUCACAAUUAAGUAGCGACCCCUUCUCAGCAUGGCCCAAACUUAAUUACUUUGUUUACUGGAAAUUGUCAAGUCGAGAUGAUUUUUUCAAAUGUUAUCAUAAUUGUGCAAAGUAAAACAUUUUUACUCUUCUCAAGUUAAUACAGAAAAAACCUUUGCUGUUCCCUCAUCAAACUCGAUGGGCGGAAAGUACAGAACAGUUGCCAGCCUGAAUAUUUUAUGAAAGGAUAAUUAUAUACUUUUAUCAAAAAGCUCAAGGAAUAAUUGUUACCGAAGCUUCAGCCCUUUCUUUACAAACCAUUUCAAAGUUCAUUCAAGGCGGUAUAUGAUUUGCAGAAAAGUUGCAUGUCCAGGUUCUAAAAUUCUUCCAACAAUUGUAGCUGGUGCUCUUGCCUGUGAAAAUUGGCCUCGCAGAUGACAAGAAUCGCCUAGAAUCACCGCUUGGUGUUUGAACAAAUCCACUAUACAAACACAAAACCUCCUGAGCAUCUGCUGCCUACAGUUGGUUCUAGUUCUGGUUUCAACGUGACGUUCCUGCAUGAUUGGAGUAGUUUUGAUCUUCCAAAGUUUAUGCCAACAGGGUUCUCAAUAGAAGGCGGCACCCGGCGAUUGAUCGCCGCUUACUUUGGGAUUUAUAGCCGCUUACUUUAUGUUUAAGUCGCUUUUCUUUGCUUUGUUUUGACACCUCUGGCUUUGCUGAAGAGCCUCCUACUUUAUCAGUGAUCACCUCCUACUUAAAAAUCUAUUGAGAACCCUGUGCCAAUAGAUCUAGAGAGAGUCAAUGGAACACAUUUCCUUUGAUGCUGCAUCAUGGUUGUUUCUUACUAAUUAUGCACGUCAAUAAGUUACUCAUUACGGCUCAGCCAAUCAGGAAUUUGGGGAUGCCAAUUAACGUCUGCAGAAAUGAACAAAAGGGAGUCCUUAUAACAGGUGUCCCUUACCCUCUCUCCCCAAUCUCCUUCCCCUAACGAUGCCUGCUACGUAGGUUAGGUCAGCAACACCUGAUAGCUCCUUCGUGGGCUCUGGUGGGAUUUGAAAUGUACAGUGGAACUCCAUUAAUACAGUCACCAAUGGGCCCAAAAGAAAUUGGCCCUAUUAACGAGGGUUUUUUUUACAAGAAAAUGUAUGGUGGUUUUUGCCAGGCAGCCAAAAAAAGGUGCCUGUAAUAACAAAAAGUAAUAACGAGGUGGCCAUAUUACCGAGGUGGCCAUAAGGCAGGGUUUUACUGUACGUCAUUAAAAUAAUUGGUUGCAAAUUCUUAAAUUAAUAAUAAUAAUAAUACAUGUAAGCUUUAUUUAUCCAUCUUUAAAAAUAAUGGAUUUAAAGGGGAAAAACAUAAACUAGGAAAAUACUAUUAAGUAAAUUUCUAAAAGGUAUUGAAAAUAAAAAUGUACAGAUCACAAAAGUAGGAGUCUUACAGCUUUUGCUAAAGACAAGUUAGUACAUGUUUGUCUUUGCGUUCCUGACUUUGCGCCAGUACCGGACAGCGGUACUGUAGAUAAGGACACGCGCCCUAGACGCUCUCGUGUCUCGCUCUUGAGGUUGUUCUGUAUUUCGCUGUUGUGCCUACAGUAGCAUUAAAGUAGCAGUUGCUUUACCUGAACCGUGUCAUCGAUCGACCGACUCUCUCUUUACUGGCGUGGUGGCAGCGCUUCCGGAUCUACGCCAAGAAACCGAAAAGAAAGCAAAGCCAGAGCUACCCGUACAAACGUCGGUAAGUCGAUACUUCGAACACCUUCGUCGCCCAAGCACGAUUUAUUCGUAAACUUGCAACCAAACCACAACUAUGGCGAGUACCCUCCGAGCCCCAAAACAGUGGAGCCUGUCAAAGAACGAGUCCAUCAACAGCUUCGAGAACUGGAGACAAAAUCUGUUGUACACUUUAUCCCUCGACAGCAAUUUCGCUCCUUUCCCAGUCCCAGCCCCUACGCGGCCUUACAGAUGACGGGGAAACCAUCCCGAUCUCCAGACGCAAAACGGCCCGUCAGAAGGUCAAUUUUCUCGAACUAAUGCUCGGACAAAUAGCCAACUAUUGCUCAGUGAUAUCCAGGACCUCUCUCGUGAAGAACUCGACUUCGAUUCACCCUGUUUGGAACAUGAUUCGUGCACAUUUUGGCUUCCAAGUCACAGGCGCCCACUUUCUAGAUUUCGCUGGCUUACAUUUGGAAGCAGAUGAACGCCCAGAGGAUCUUUUUCAGAGACUGAUGGCCUUCGUGGAGGACACUCUACUCCGUGCAAAUAGCCUGUCACACCAUGGUGAAGUUACCACAGAAGAUGAGGAACUCACCCCCACCCUGGAGAAUUUCAUCGUUCUCACCUGGCUUAAACUGAUCCACCCCGAGCUACCUAAGUUAGUGAAACAGCGGUAUGGAACUGAGCUACGAUCACGGACUCUGGCCUCCAUAAAGCCAGAGAUAUCUCAGGCCCUUACUUCCCUGCUCGACGAAAUACGCACCGCUGAUGAUGCCAAGAUCAUGCGCACCGCUGUCACUAACUACCGCAGACCUCUCGGCGUCAAAACCCCGUAUAAGGCGACUACACGACCUAGCCGCCCCACUAAGUCCUGUCCCCUUUGCAAACAGGCAGGUCGCCCCGACAACCAUUUCUUGAGCGAAUGCAAUUUCCUUCCAGACCAAGACCGCAAAUACAUCGCGAAGGCCAGACAGAUCGCCGACAUCUUUGAUGCCCCCCAUGAACCUGAGACCACACCCGACAUGACCGACCCAGAAAGCGACACCGACGACGCUAGGCCUGGCCCAGGCCCUAAGGUCUUCCGCAUACAGACCCGCCAGUCACCGUACCUAGACAUGUUCUACUCCCACUACCCCGUACGAAUCACCAUCGAUAGUGGGGCUACUGGAAACAUGAUCCGCCACACUGUCGUCCAACGUCUUGGCUGCCACAUGACAUCUAGCUCCCAGUCCGUCCACCAAGCAGACGGCUCAUCCCCCCUUCAGGUCGUCGGUGAGACACGCUUCUUAUUAAGCCGCGAAGGCCGAGAUUUCACCUUCGAAGGACUCGUCGUUGAGAACCUCGACGUGGACAUACUGGCAGGCACCCCCUUUAUGGAAACCAACGAUAUUGCAGUACGCCCAGCUAAGCCCCAAGUGAUCCUCCAGAACGGUUCCAUCGUCAGUUACGGGUCCCCACACCCGGCUACAGUAAACCCCGCCGCACGUCGUGCAAUAGUACUCCGCUCUCCCCCCACGUCAAUGACCGUCUGGCCCGGAGAGUUUGUUGAGGUCGACCUACCACACGACGCCCCCACUGACUCCGAAUACGCCUUAGAGCCUCGAACAGAUGCCCCCAGCGUUAGGCAGUUGUCAGCUUCCCAACUGUGGCCCACCCCACGCAUAGUCUCUAGCGUGGCAGGAAAGAUACGUAUUCCCAAUCUCUCAUCCGAGCCGCACUUCCUCAAGCGAAAUGAGCACUUCUGCCAGGUACGCGCCACCUUCACACCAGAACCCCUCGGCGACAACUCACCCCCCAACAGCCAAGCCACCUCCCAAACCAUCAGUACCUAUCCCAGGUACAAAACACUCGUCAACCGUACGCCUUGACCCAGACAACUUACUUCCCCGGGAUAUAAGAGCAAAGUUCACUUCGCUGUUGGACGAGUAUGACCACGUGUUCGACCCAAACAUCAAGGGCUACAAUGGUGCGGAAGGUCCGUUCGAAGCAAGAGUCAACAUGGGACCUGUAGAACCCCCCCAGCGGAAAGGCCGUCUACCACAGUAUGCCCGUCACCAGCUAGUGGAGCUCCAGCAGAAAUUUGACGAACUUGAAGCUUUGGGUGUCUUCAGUCGCCCCGAAGACAUAAACGUCACGGUCGAGUACCUGAACCCAUCAUUUCUCGUCAAGAAACCCAGUGGUGGCUCCCGCCUAGUUACCGCAUUCGCUGAUGUCGGCCGCUACAGUAAGCCACAACCUUCACUCAUGCCAGAUGUGGACUCCACGUUACGCCAUAUCGCCCAGUGGAAACACAUCAUCGCAUCGGACUUGACCAGCGCUUUUUACCAAAUCCCCCUCUCGCGUGCCUCCAUGAAGUACUGUGGGAUAGCUACCCCAUUCCGGGGAGUGCGCGUAUACACACGGUCGGCCAUGGGCAUACCCGGCUCUGAAACGGCACUGGAAGAACUUAUGUGUCGCGUCCUUGGUCACCUUUUAGAAGAAGGCGUCGUCGCCAAAAUCGCAGACGAUCUAUACUGUGGGGGAAACACGCCACAAGAACCCCUACGAAACUGGAGGAAGGUUCUAGAAGCCCUCCACAAGUGUGACCUCCGCCUCUCCGCAUCGAAGACGAUCAUCAAUCCUCGGUCCACAACAAUACUGGGAUGGAUUUGGAACGCUGGCACUUUAAGAGCAAGCCCUCACCGCAUCGCCACCCUCGCCUCGUGUCCUGAACCCGAAACCGUUGGCCGCAUGCGAUCAUUCAUAGGAGCAUACAAGGUGCUCUCCCGCGUAAUUCCCGGGUGCUCGUCACUCCUUGCACAACUUGAUGACACCGUAGCUGGCCGCGAAUCUAAAGAACACAUACAAUGGUCAGCCGACCUCCGAACUUCGUUCCUCCAUGCCCAGAAAGCCCUCUCCACUGCUCGCACCAUCUCGCUACCCAAACCAAGUGACCAGUUGUGGAUUGUGACCGACGGGGCGGUCCGUAAGCCUGGAAUAGGAGCCACGCUUUACGUCACCCGUGACAACAAACUACAUUUGGCAGGGUUCUUUAGCACAAAGCUACGUGGCUCACAACCGACAUGGUUACCGUGUGAGGUGGAGGCCCUAGCUAUUGCCGUUGCCACCAAGCACUUCAGCCCGUACCUAAUCCAAUCCCUUCACAAGGCCUGCAUCCUAACCGACAGCAAACCGUGCGUACAGGCAUUUGAAAAACUCUGUCGCGGGGAGUUUUCCACUAGCCCUCGCGUCUCCACCUUUCUAUCAACUGUGAGCCGGUAUCAAGCGUCCGUCAGACAUGUAUCCGGAUCUGCGAUCCUACCCUCUGAUUUCGCCAGCCGCAACGCACCCCCUUGCGAAGACGAAGCCUGCCAGAUCUGCGCCUUCACAAAACUCACCCAAGACUCCGUUGUCAGAAACACAUCGGUACAGGAUAUACUGCGUGGUGAUGAGCGCCUACCCUUCACCAGCCGCACUGCCUGGUUAGCCAUUCAGGCCGAAUGUGCCGAUCUGCGGCGUACUCGCGCCCACUUACAACAAGGGACACGCCCUUCGAAGAAACUUACCAACAUAAAAGAUGUUGAAAGAUACCUGAACGUCGCUACCAUUGCAAAAGAUGGCUUGCUCGUUGUCCGACGUGAUGAACCCCUUGUACCUAGCCGCGAGUGCAUCAUUGUCCCUCGACAAGUGCUUGAUGGACUGCUGACAGCCCUACACUUGCAGCUCACCCAUCCGUCGAGCCAUCAACUCCAGGCUGUAACCAACCGGUACCUAUAUGCCUUAGACAUACACAAGGCCAUCGACCGCGUGACCCAAGCUUGCCACAUCUGUGCCUCUCUACGCCAAACUCCGAAAAUGCGCGUGGAGCAGUCGUCCUGCCCCCCUCCCGACGCAGUUGGCGUAUCAUUUGCCGCAGAUGUCAUCAAACGCUCAAGACAACUUGUGCUUGUACUACGUGAGUGCGUGACAUCGUUUACAGCCACAACCCUGCUGGAAGACGAGCGUCACAACACUCUGCGCGACGCUCUUAUCCGUCUUUGUGUCCAACUACGUCCACUAGAUGGACCAACAGCCGUCAUACGUACCGACCCAGCCCCAGGAUUCAAAGCACUCAGGGAUGAUCAACUACUGAAACACCACAGGAUCACCCUUGAGAUCGGCGACGCCAAAAACAGAAACAAGAACCCUAUUGCAGAGCGGGCAGUACAGGAGGUCGAAAGCGAACUACUCCGCCAUGAUCCACUAGGCGGUCCAGUAAACCACGUGCAACUCGCCGUGGUCACAGCCAAUCUAAACGCGCGCCUUCGCUCACGUGGUCUUUCCGCAAGAGAGAUGUGGACCCAACGUGAUCAGUUCACAAACCAGCAGAUCCCCCUACAAGACCAGGACAUCAUCCUACGACAACAUACACAACGGUUGUCUAACCACCCCCACAGUGAGAAGUCAAAGACACCUAUCUCAAAGAGCACCCCCACUGACCGCGUUGCUGUAGGUGAUUUAGUCUACCUCUGUGCCGAUCGGAACAAGACCAGAGCCCGCGAUCGCUACCUUGUCGUAGAAAUAACCGGCUCGUUCUGCAACGUCAAGAAAUUUGUUGGCUCCCAACUCCGCAGCACGUCUUACCGAGUGAAGAUGUCUGAGUGUUAUCGAGUCCCAUCCGAAGUCGUGAACCACAGACCACCUGCUCCCAAUAGGGACGCAGACUCAUCAUCUGACGAAACUCCACCAACACAGCCAGAACCACCGCCUCCGCCAACCAUUCCGUGCGCGAUCUCGACACCUUCUACCCAGGAAUUCCCCCACCUUGAUGACUUCCAUACCAGCCACGAUAAGUCUCACGAUACCGUGACCGUGACCCACCCUGAUGAAACCAGAGACCCCUAUGCUAGCGACAGCGAAUCAGAUGCCACCCCCCCUCCUCGCCGAUCCACACGUGAGCGACGCCGGCCCGCACGUUUUGAGGACUUUGAUAUGGAUUAAUUAGCCAGUGGUCCUCGUGACCCACACUAGAAACUGUUAAAGUUUUAUUGUUAUUCAUGUUAGCCGUUUACAUGUACCUAGAUUUUUCUAUAACCAUUGGGCUCAUACCAUAUUUGUAAGAGUAAAGAAAGGAAAAAGAGGCCACGCCAGUACCGGUCAGCGGUACUGUAGAUAAGGACACGCGCCCUAGACGCUCUCGUGUCUCGCUCUUGAGGUUGUUCUGUAUUUCGCUGUUGUGCCUACAGUAGCAUUAAAGUAGCAGUUGCUUUACCUGAACCGUGUCAUCGAUCGACCGACUCUCUCUUUACUGGCGUUGGUAUUUCUGCUGAACCUUGUACAGAUCUUAAGUUAUAGCCAUGGCUGGUAUUUGGCUUUGUGAGAAAAAUUUUAUUUGGGUGUUUAAUAUCAUUAUUACAAUAUUAUUCUUUCUAAUUCAUGCAUUGUCGCUACUUUGCACCUGUCCUCUAACGUUGGAAGGGAUGUUCUUGGUGUCCCGAUGAUAUCUAGGCACCUGUUUUGUAUAGACUAUAACUCCUCUGUAAGGUACUGUAAACCACCCCACAAUGGGGAGGCAUAUUCGAGAAGUGGGUGUAUCUUGGUACAACAUGUCGUAAUGCCAAUCUCUGUAUGUAGGUUUGCUUUCCUGCAUUCCCUCAAAUAAUACAAUCUCUGGCUGGCUUUCUUUACUGUCUGUUCAAAAUGGUAAUUCCAGCAUAGGUUGUCUUGUUGCCAUAGCCCCAGUAGCUAAAACUUGGAAAGUAAGUAAAGUACUGGUAAUAUUUUAAAGUAAUAUUCUAAAGUAAGUCUUAAGUAAUAUUAUUUUCUUGGUGACAAGAGGAUCCUGCAAUCCUAGUCUCCAGGUUGCUUUACCCAUGCGUGGCACCUACUUAUACCCAGCUUUGUGUGGACUUCCACUAAGAAUGAGUGGAAUGCCUGGCAGAACGCUAAGCCUUGGCAAUGCUUAUUUUGACCAUCUAUCAUGAAACUUAUGCAAAGGCUUUCUUUUUGCAUCUGCAUAAUUUGCAUGUUUAGCUGUUUGUUUAACUUCAUUUAUUUUCCAAGCACAUUGUUGGAGCAAGAGCAUUUUGACCUUUGAUUUUUGUCCCCCAUACUCCAUGACCUUUGGUUAUUACAUGUACUAGUAACUACAUGUACAAGUACAGUGUACUGUUACUUUAAAAGCCCAUAAACACCUGAAAUAUUUCUGGAAUGCUGUCUUUCUUAUGGCCAGUCACUUUGGGUGUCAGAACAACUGAGCUUGCCACAAAACCACAAAUUAAUAAUUUGCUGGUUAGAAUUUAGUUUUCUCAUGCCUGAGUUACUUUUUCUUGUGUUCACAGUUUUAUAAGUUCCACAGUAAACAAGCUAAAAAAAGAAUGUCUGUUUCCAAUUUGCAUGUUGGACAAAAAAAGCUAUGAGUAUUUUAACUUCUAAUAUUAUUAUUUUGUUUAACAUUUUGCGUUUGUAUUUACUUAAUAGUUUGACAAUGUGAAAAAUGUGUUGAGAGCAAUAGAGGAGGCUGAGAGGGCUGGGCUUGUUGACACCAUAAAGAAGCUGUUUUUGCUGUCUGAUAAUUUAGCAAGGUAACUCAGUGAAUGACAAGUAACGUUUUUACUGCGCUUUUCAGAAACAGGCAAACUCUAAAGUUCAAAAGCCACCUUCACAAUUGCAUUUUUUGCUGCCGUCAAUCAUAAUUACAAUAUCAUAAGCAACAAACCUUUAAACAAAGAAACACUCACAACAGAUUGAAAUCCACCAAUCACUGAUCACAAACCAUGACCUUUUGAACCUGUUCAAGUUAAGUCUUGUUUGCUAAGAUGAUUGGCGCCAGGGAAAAAUGCAAACGUCAGUUGGCUUUUGAACUUCAUAGUUCGUGUGUUUUUGAAAAGCGCCAUAACUGACUAACAUGUACAUUGUAAUGAUGAUAUUAUUUAGCUUAAUGUGUUUUAAAAGAAGUAAUUUCUGUAGAACCCUUUGAAGACGGGGAAGAGGAAAGGGCCUACUGGAUGGAGGGGACCAUCCAGAGGGGGGCUAAAAGGAUAACUGAGUAUGUCCAUCAAUACGUAUGCACUAUUCAGAGUAAUGUUAUAAGUACUGCCUUUGAAUGAGCACUGCCUCUCCCUCUUCAUCAAGAAUGUAAUGCCUUUUCAGCAACAUUUGUUCUUUGAAGACAACUCAAAAUGAAAAUUAACAUUAUUAUUGUAACCCAUCUUCAUUAGCCUGCUACUAAAGAGUGUAAGCACCACACAAAUGGAAAUUUAUUAUGUGUUUUAGCUCUUUGUGGGAGAAAUAAUAGAGUUCUAAAAAGUGAUGUGUGAAAAAUAAAUUUGUGAAAUUAUGGGAUUUGUCAGGAUAUUCUGAAAGAACAACAUCUAUAUUUGACUCACUGCUAAUGCUAUGAACUCAGUCAAAUUUAGAAGGAUCUGUAUGGAGUCAUUGGAGCAUAACUGGGCUAAUAUCUCAGAGACAAUUUGCCCCGAAAUGCUGGUUUUUGGCAAGUAGACCUCUUGGUUGUUGUUCUUUCAGAAUAUCCUGACAAAUCCCAUAAUUUCACAAAUUUAAUUUUCAUCUGUACAUUGUCUGGGUAACUUUAAAAUGGAAAUAAUACUGUUUUGCAAUGUAUGAAUUUAGUCUCUUUAUAUACCGGUAGUUUACUUAACCAUUUGUGUGUGUUUCUCUGUUUUCUUUGUUCUUGUGUCCCUGACCUAAACAUGUAAACAUCAGUCUUUUCUUUUAACUGGCUGCCUGGCAUUUUUAACUCUUAGGUUAUUUCGGGCAGCCAGCGCCCCUAUCAUCGUCUGUACUAUUGUUAUAAAUUUUUAUUUCUUGUAUAUUAUGGGGUGAAAUAAAGUGUUGUUGUUGUUGUUGUUGUUGUUGUUGUUGUCAUGACAUCAUCACUUUAGAACUCUUUUGUUAGGGGGUUUACAAUGUAUUCUGUAUUGAUUGCCAGUGUGCAUUUUCUGUUGUGUUGAUGGGGAAACGUGUUUCACAGUCAAGGACUGGUGACCUUAGGUGGUCCAGUAUAUUAUUAAAUAGUGUGUAUUAAAAUAAUGACUGAAAAUCAAUAAUGGAACUGUGGGGUGAAGAAUAAAAAUGAAAGAAGAUCAUCACAGUUAUAGACAUGUCUGUGCAGUUGCGAAAAAAAGCCUGAAAAACGUCAGGCUUAUAUGGGAUUUGAGCCCUUGAAUUCCAUGCAAUACCAUUGCAGCACUCUACUAAUUGAGCUAUUUGGCUUGUUAGCUCAACAGUAGAGUGCUGCACUGUUAUUGUAGAGGUCAACGGUUUGAUUCCUGAAUAUACAAGCCUGAAUUUUUUCAGGCUUUCUUUUCAAAACUGCAAAGUUAGUGUCUAUAACUGCAAUGAUCUUUCAUUUAAUAGUGUUUAUUCUCAAUUUGAAAAUUCUCAUUACAGUUGUACCAAUUUCUACCAGUUAAGUAGUGACAUUAAAAGGAAUCCUAAGAGUCCUAAGAGUCCUAAGAGUGA